CCGACCCCGGGCGGCCGCGGCUGCUAUGCGGCUUCGCGGCGCACGGCCUGCACCGGGUUUGCGCCGACGCCUGCCGGACACCGACCCGGCUGAGGAUUAGAGACACUGGCCGUGAGCAGGGGACUCUGAGGCUGCCACCCCUGGAAAGUGCCAGGUCUGCAAGGGAAGGGGUGAUGCACCGUGCUGCAGCUGCUGCCUGCUGAGCCCGAGGAGGAGUUCUGGAGCCUGCCUGGGACACUCCCCCUGACAACAGCAGCACCCCAAUCCCAACAAGCAGCACCGAGCCUGCGACACGCCGUAGCCCUCAAGCCAAGGAGACGUCGGGCCAAGCCUGAGCGGGGUCAAGGGGCACGUUCCUCUUUCCUGACCAGGUGUCAAUUCCUGCCCUGACACCCCGACGGCACUGCCCUCACCCCUCGGCAGCCCCCUCCAGGGCUGCCCUCCCCCGGCACUGCCCAGCUUUGGCCCCCAGCCCCGCUGGAGCGCGGCAGCCUGCCGGGCGCUGCCCCCCGGGCACUGCCCCCUGGGUGCAUCGCCCCCCGCCCCCCCGGGGACCCCCCACCCGCCGGCAGAGCCAUGAAGCUGCAGGCGGUGAUGGAGAACCUGCAGCGGCAGCAGCGCGCACGGCUGCAGCAGGCGCUGGAAGCGCGGCAGCAGGAGCAGCAGCAGCCGCCACCACGCUCCACAUCCCCCCCGGCGCAGCCCUCGCAGCCCCCGGGGCAGCCCCCUGCCAGCACCCCGGCCCGGGGCCGUGGGCAGGAUCCAGCCCCGGUGCCCUCGGAGGAGGGAGCGGAGCCUGAGAGCGCGCACAUCCAGCGGGCACAGAUGGCUGCCCUGGCUGCCAUGCGGGCGGCCGCCGCUGGCCUCAGCCACUCGCCCAGCCCCGGCCUGUCGGAUGAGAGCCAGGCCUCCGAGGAGGAGGAAGAGGAGGAGCGCGGUGAGGAGGAGGAAGAUGGCAGCGGGUACCAGCAGGAGAUGGGCUCCGAGGAGGAGGAGGACCUAAAGGGCAAAUGGGAUGAAGAUGACUUUGAAGAAGACUUGGGUGAGGAGGAAGAGGAAGAAGAAGAGGAGGAGGAGGAGGAAGACUAUGAGGAAGAAGAAGACAUGGGAGAGGAAGGGCUCAGCUCAGCAGAGGCGGUGCGGGCAGGCACAGGAUCCCUGCUGCUCCGCAAGCCCCCAGCACCCCAGCACUACCGGGGGGAGCCACCACGGCUGCCAGGGGGACAGGAACGGCUGCCCCCCGGCCUGGGCCAUGCUCAGCCCCCGCCACCGGCACCUGACCAUGGUGACUGGACCUACGAGGAGCAGUUCAAGCAGCUGUACGAGCUGGAUGGUGACCCCAGGAGGAAGGAGUUCCUGGACGACCUCUUCAGCUUCAUGCAGAAGCGAGGGACCCCCGUGAACCGGAUCCCCAUCAUGGCCAAGCAGGUGCUGGACCUGUACAUGCUGUACACGCUGGUGACCGAGAAGGGGGGGCUGGUGGAGGUCAUCAACAAGAAGCUGUGGCGGGAGAUCACCAAGGGGCUGAGCCUGCCCACGUCCAUCACCAGCGCGGCCUUCACCCUGCGCACCCAGUACAUGAAGUACCUGUACCCCUACGAGUGUGAGAAGCGUGGGCUGAGCAACCCCAACGAGCUGCAGGCGGCCAUCGACAGCAACCGGCGGGAGGGCCGGCGGCAGGGCUUCGGCGGCUCCCUCUUCGCCUACUCGCCCGGCGGCACCCACGGCCUCCUCUCCUCGCCCAAGCUGCCAGUGCCGGCGCUGGGGUUGGCAUCUGCCACCAACGGCGGGGCCAUCACGCCGGGCAAGAAGAUCAAGAAAGAGGAGGACUCUCCCAUCCCCAUCUCCAUGCCCAGCCGGCUCCCGGUGUCACUGGCCGGGCACCCCGUGGUGGCCGCGCAGGCGGCGGCGGUGCAGGUGGCAGCGGCCGCCCAGGCCGCGGCGCUGGAGCAGCUGCGGGAGAAGCUGGAGUCAGGGGAGCCCCCGGAGAAGAAACUGGCGCUGGUGACGGACGAGCAGCAGCGGCUGAUGCAGCGGGCGCUGCAGCAGAACCUCCUGGCCAUGACGGCCCAGCUGCCCAUGAGCAUCCGCAUCAACAGCCAAGGCACGCGGUCGCCAGAGAACCGCCCGGACGCCGCUGCCGCCAGCAGCAACGGCACCAACAGCAUCAGCAUGUCCGUGGAGAUCAACGGCAUCGUCUACACAGGUGUGCUGUUCGCCCAGACGCCCGGCCCUUCCUCCUCCUCUUCCUCCUCCUCCUCCUCUGCCUACAGCAAAGGCAACGGCGGCAGCAGCCGGAGCAGCGGCAGCAGCGGGGUGGGGAGCGGCAGUGGUGGGAACGUGCCCCCCGCCCCGGCCGGCCUGGCCGUGCCCCCCAGCUCUACCUCCAACAGCGCCUCGCCUUAACGCCCCCGAGCCUCGGGCUCCUCACGGCACCGGCGGCCGUGGGGGGACGGGGCCGCGCCGGGGGUCACCGCGGUCUCACCCGAGGUCUUGCCAGGGUCUCUCUCUCCGGGGUCUCAACAGGAUUUCACCGGGAUCUCACCAGGGUUUCAUUGAGAUCUCGCCUGGGUCUCACUGGGGUCUCACCAAGGGUCUCGCCCGAGGUCUUGCCAGGGUUUCUCCAGGGUCUCAUCGGGGUCUCGAUGGACUCUGCCCUUGUUCUCGUGUUGUUGGAUUUUCCUUUUCCAGGCAGAAAAGCUUUAGCCCGGGGGGUUUUGCUGGAGCCGCCGGCUGUCCGGCUGCGCCGCUCCGGGACCGUUUACCUCACUCACAUCACACUUUGCACUGUACAUUUAUUAUUAUUAUUAUUAUAAUUAUUAUUAUUUUUUAACUCGUGUUACCUCCAGACAGACGCACGGACGCCUGCUGACGCGAGCUCUAGCGAAACCCCCCGGAAUUCUAAAGGAAAAAGAAGAAAAAAAAACAAAAACAAAAAUCCUAAAAAAAAAAUAAUUUGGAAAUAGGGAGAUAUUUUAUUCAUUUCCAUCCUUUUCCCUCCUUUGUUUUGGGAACUCCACUCUCUCUACAGGAUUUUAAGAGGUUGUUUUUUGAUUGUUUUGUUGUAAAUAGCUUCUAUUUUAUUCUCAAAAAAAAAAAAAAAUCAAACUUUUAA